AUGGCAUCUGCACAGACAAAACAGCUUCACUGGACACAGCGCAUAGCGCUUGUGAGGCACAACCUUCAUGCAGCCAGCAGGAGUGGGGAUUUUACUUUCUUCAAGACGCUACAGGCGACAGGCCUGAUGGAGGGCACAAAUCACUUCGCGACCUUGGCCGAGCUUAUGGGAGACGAUGCAGAUGUUGUCAUGGCUGCCAUGGACAAUCUCAACGGAGGACUUGCAUACAUCCACCAAGACGCAUUCCAAAAAGUCUACGACAAUUUGAGGAAUGCCACGCGGGAUGACGAUAAGCAAGCAGAGAAAUCGAAACUUUAUGUGGACAUUAGCCAGCAAAAGCAGAUGACAGAGAUGGCGAUUGACAAGCUGUGCAACUCUGCAGUGGCGUUGAUACACCAACAGGCACCCAAUGUCCGAGACCAAGUCGCAAAUGUCUUCAUCACAGGAGUGACCCUUGUCGCAGACUGUGUCGAAGUUGUGAUCCAGCAACUUGAUCUCAUGGACAAUAAGAUGGAUGACUUCAUUCGACUGGAGGAGAGCUGGAACAUUGUGAAGGCUUCAAUCAUUGCUGCUACUGCUGGCCUGAAGGGAGUCUUUUACAUGCUCGACACCAACGAUCAGCAAGGUGAGAAGCCACAACGAUCUUCCAGUAUUGCCAGCGCUGGGAGUGGAGUCUUCCGCAGGCUAUCGACAGUCUUCACGUCGGCGGCGCCCGCGUCGAGCCGCAGCUCAAGCAUCGCAAGCGCCGGCGCACCGCAAUCGAGGGGAUCUAUCGGUGGCGGAAGUUCCGCACCCGUAUACCGCACGCCGACCUAUGUGCGCAACAGUGUCAGCGCUGGCUGCCCCACAAGCAUUCCUUCAGCCAUCAACAACUCCGCUUUCAGUAGCAACUUCGAAGCUCACAAGUUGAGCACAAUACCACCGACUCCUGCAUUCGAUGAAGACUUGGAUCCAUUUGACAAGGUAGACAUGCCACCUGUGCCUGCGAUGCCCAUGGAGCAUGAAGCAAACAGAAUCGUUCAAACCGUGAUGUAG